AUGGCUCUAUCGUACGUAUAUACUAAAAAACGGAGUAACUUCGGGCGUCAGGUGCAGUUCUCCGUGGUGAAGACAGACAUGUGUGACAGUAUCGCCGUGAACCAAGUCGAGCGCAAGCACUACAUCCUGCGCAACCCCGUGCACGAGGCCACGCAGCACACGCCUCGCUUCUCGCAGUGCGAGGUCAACACCAUCCGUGCUGAAUACACCAACAGUGGAGCCAACCACGCCGAAGGUGGCUGGCCCAAGGAUGUUAACGUGAAUGAUCCCGAAGCCACGCAGAGGUACCGCCGCAAGGUUGAGAAAGACGAUGGCUACAUUCGCUGCGUUAUGUCACUUUCUCCGGGAUUAGAGAAGCUUGUUUUGCAGAACAACGCGAUCGAAAUGUACCAAACUUACUACGCAGAACUCGGGAACAUGCCGGAAAUAGAGCAAAACGGCUGCCGCACGGUGAACGUGUACCGCGACGGCGCAGGCGUCAGCAAGGUCGGACGAUCCAGCAAAGCCGCAAUCGGUCCUUGUCGACCAGUCAGCUCCAUCUGCUGGCUGCCUGACGGUGGAUCGCGGUUCGCUGUGACAUACGUGGACAUCGACUUUAAUCGCGAGACUCGCUCUCCACUCGACGCGUACAUAUGGGACGUGGACAACUCAAACAGUCCAGAGACGAUUAUAACUCCACCUUGUCCAAUGUUGGACCUGCAGUACAAUCCGAAGGACUCGCACGUGCUGGCGGGUGGCCUGAUGAACGGUGGAGUGGCGGCGUGGGACUUGCGGAUAAAGGGAGACAAGCCCACGGCAGCGAGUCCGCCACACGUGGCGCACCGUGACCUCGUAAGGAAUGUCUUGUUCAUCAACUCGAAGACUGGCCUAGAAUUCUUUUCAGCUGGGCCGGACGGCGUCGUCAAAUGGUGGGAUAUUCGCAAGAUUGAUGAGCCUACCGACGAAAUGAUCAUCGACAUAGUUAAGACUGCAAACGAUGUUCAGAGCAUGGCCAAGGCCAACGGCGUUAGUACGCUGGAGUACGAACCGACUGUACCCACGCGUUUUAUGGUCGGCACGGAGAAUGGUCUCGUCAUCAACGGCAACCGCAAGGGGAAGUCGGCAGUGGACAAGUUGCCAGCAAAGUUCGAAGCGCACUUGGGGCCAGUGUGGCGAGUGGAGCGCAACCCUGCAUUCCUAAAGAACUUCCUGACAGUGGGCGACUGGACGGCGCGCGUUUGGAGUGAGGAGUGCCGUGAGUCUGCUGUGUUAUGGACGCCGCCUGCGCGCCACAGAAUCACUAACGGCGCCUGGAGCCCCACGAGGGUGUCGCUGAUGCUGCUGACCCAGUACGACGGCAACCUCUCUGUGUGGGACCUGCUGCGGCGCCAGCACGAGCCCGUGCUCACCAUGCAGGUGUGCGAGGAGCCGCUGGUGACAGUGCGCAUGCACGACGCGGUCAUAGAUGAGGCGUGCCGUUGGCUGCAGGGCUCGCUGGUCACGUGCGGCAGUCACAAGGGCAACAUUUACCUGCUGGAGCUCUCGCAGAACCUGUCCACCAGCGACAAGAACGACAAGCAGCUGCUCACCUCGGUGUUGGAGCGGGAGAGCAAACGCGAGCGCAUCCUGGAGGCGCGCCUGCGCGAGAUCCGGCUGAAGCAGCGGCAGGCGGAGGGCAGCCCCGUGCACUCGUCCACCGACUUGGACGCCACGCUCGGCGACAGGGACCUGCACGAGGCGGCGCAGGAGUUCAUGCAAGUCACGCGCAAGGAGCUCGCUGCUCUGUAG